AUGCAUAGCCGGCCCAUCCACGCCAACCGACAGCUGCGCGUGAUUUGCAUCGGCGCCGGCGCCUCAGGCUUGUACCUCGCCUACCGGCUGAAGAAGAGCUUCACGGACUUCACGCUUCAGAUCUACGAGAAGAACGCCGACGUGGGCGGGACGUGGUUCGAGAACCGAUACCCAGGAUGCGCCUGUGAUAUUCCUGCUCACAACUACACCUACACCUUCGAGCCCAACCCGGCCUGGUCAGCCAACUACGCGACUGCGAGCGAGAUCGCCGCGUACUUCGCCGGGUUCGCGGACAAGUACGGGCUCCGUGAGUAUAUCGCGUGUCAGCACGAGGUGGUCCACGCGGAGUGGGACGAAGACCGAGCGGAGUGGAUGGUCCGCGUGCGCCGCAGCGCGGAUGGAACGGUGCUUGAGCAACGGUGUGAUUUUCUGAUUAAUGCGGCUGGGAUCUUGAACGCUUGGAAGUACCCUGACAUCCCCGGACUGGAUACUUUUGAAGGCACCCUGGUGCAUACGGCGCAUUGGGAUGAGACUCUGGAUGUGGGGGGGAAGAGGGUCGGACUUAUUGGUAAUGGGUCUUCGGGGGUGCAGGUCCUGCCUGAGUUACAACGAAAAGCACAGCACGUCACGGCAUUCAUCCGCAGCGCCACCUGGGUCAGUCCGGCGCGAGGGAUGGAAUAUCACCAAUACACAGAGGAGGAGAAGAGGAACUUCCGCGAGAACCCCGACCAGCUCCUGGCAGUGCGCAAGCAAACGGAAGGGUUCAUGACCUCCGCGGCGCUGUUCUCUAUGUUCAUCCAGGGCUCCAAAGCCCAGGAGGUGCUUGCGCAGGACAUGGAGACCCAGAUGCGCGCGAAGCUCGGCAGCGACCAUGUUCUUGCAAAGUCUAUCAUCCCUGACUUCCCACUGGGCUGUCGACGGCCCACGCCGGGGAUCAACUACCUAGAGAGCCUCGGCCAGCCGAACGUGACCGCAUGCCCCGGGCCCAUCAAGGAAGUGACACGAACCGGCUGCAUAGCAGCAGACGGCAGCGCGCACGAGCUCGACGUCCUGGUCUGCGCAACAGGCUUCGACACGACCUUCCGACCGCGCUUCCCGGUGCUGGGACGCGAGGCGCGCGAUCUCGCCACGCAAUGGGCCGACGAGCCACGCAACUACCUCUCGCUGGCGGCGCGACACUUCCCGAACUACUUCAUGUUCGUGGGGCCCAACUGCCCGAUCGGCAGCGGACCGAUCAUGGUCUGCAUCGAGGCCGCGGGCGACUACAUGGCGCGGAUGCUGAACCGGUGGCAGAAGGAGGGCAUCCGCAGCUUCGAGCCCAAGGCCGCCGCCGUCGACGACUUCAUGACCUACAAGGACCGCUUCAUGGCCUCGACGGUCUGGCACGCCCGCGCCGGCAGCGGCCGCUGUCGCUCGUGGUGGCGCGACUCCCGCUCCGGCCAGGUCACCGCGUUGUGGCCGGGGAGUACCGUGCACUACCUUGAGGCUCUGGCCACCCCGCGUUAUGACGAUUAUGAUGUCGAUUAUGUCGGUGGGAAUCGCUUCGACUAUCUGGGGAAUGGGUUUGCGCAGCGCCAGCUCGCAGCUAACGCCGAUCCCGUCUGGUAUCUGCGGACGGCGGAUGAAGGAGAACUGCUGCCGGAUUUGAUGAGCACCGAGAAUGCGAAGGAUCUGGGCAGUUUAUUGCGGGACGGCUUUGAGUGGACGCCUGCUCAGGGGGCAUAGCGCUGGGUCUGGUCUUACGUACAAUACACCGGGCGGUGUUUGCCUUUCUGCUUGAGAAAUGUGGAAUUAUCAAGACCUAUUUGUAUUGGUAGACCAGGAGCAAUGUGUCGUGGUAGAUCUAGACACGAUGGAUGUGAAAUUGGCUGCCGUGCUCUACGUGCAUCCUCUGCUUUUAUAAU